GGAAAUUCCUUCACGGCACAGACCGCGCCAAUGCCUCGUGCAGGGGCCGCCCGGAGACGCGAGGCAGCACUAGGGAGGGAUUUUUAAUUCCUUUUGGAGCAAUCAGACCGUGUGUGUAGGGGCAGCCUAGCUCCCUCUGGUCCAUUGCAUCUCUUGGAUUGCUCAACCACCUCCUCGAUUCAAGCAGAUCGCCACUGCAGUUGCCUUCAGCCUUCUCCCCCCGCCUUGCCUUGCUCACCUGGGAAGGUGAAGAAUGCAUCUCCAAUACUGGGACGGAUCCUUGCUGCCAUGAGACCUGAGCUGAGUCUUGAAGACAGCGACACUGGGAUCGGCAGAUGGUGUGUGCUUGAGCCACAAGACCAGCUCUAAGUUGCUACAGAUUGGCUACAUAUCUAUUAGGAGAAGAUGGCCGUCUCCAUGAAGAUCUGCUUCUUCACUCUUGUGCUCCUGCCUCUGGUCGCAGCGACGCACUCAGACUGCAUCAUCAGAAAGGAGCAGGAGGCCUGUCUGGAGAAAAUCAAGAGAGCAAGUGCUGUCAAUCCACUGAAUGAGUCUUCCCCAGGGUGCCCUGGGAUGUGGGAUAAUAUUACAUGCUGGAAGUCGGCGAGUGUGGGCGAAAUCGUCUUUGUCAAGUGCCCUGCUCUGUUCCGAAUUAUUAACUCUGAAGACGGUUGGGAAGUGGAUAACAUGGGGCAAACUCAUCCAGGUGAUUUUGACCUAUUGGAUAGCACAGGCCAAACUCCCUUAGAUGUAGGGGACAUCAGCAGAAACUGCACAGAGGAUGGCUGGUCUGAACCUUUCCCUCAUUAUUAUGAUGCCUGUGGGUUUGAUGAAAAUGAAACAGAGUCUGAAAAUCAGGAUUACUACUACCUCUCCGUGAAGGCUCUGUACACAGUGGGAUAUAGCACAUCCCUUGUAUCCCUCACCACAGCAAUGGUUAUCCUGUGUCGUUUCAGGAAGCUUCAUUGCACUCGGAACUUUAUUCACAUGAACCUCUUUAUUUCAUUUAUUCUACGAGCAAUAUCAGUCUUCAUCAAAGACGGGAUUUUGUAUGCAGAACAGGAAAACAACCAUUGUUUUAUAUCUACUGUGGAAUGCAAAGCAGUGAUGGUCUUUUUCCACUAUUGCGUCAUGUCCAAUUAUUUCUGGCUGUUCAUUGAGGGAUUGUACCUUUUCACCUUACUGGUGGAGACCUUUUUCCCAGAGAGGAGAUAUUUUUAUUGGUACACCAUCAUCGGCUGGGGCACCCCAACAAUUUGUGUCACUGUCUGGGCUGUGCUGAGACAUCACUUUGAUGAUAUUGGCUGCUGGGACAUGAAUGAUAACACUGCCCUGUGGUGGGUGAUAAAGGGCCCCGUGGUUGGAUCAAUAAUGAUAAAUUUUGUUCUUUUCAUUGGCAUAAUCGUUAUCCUUGUGCAGAAACUCCAGUCGCCUGAUAUUGGGGGCAACGAAUCCAGCAUUUACUUCAGCUGCGUUCAGAAAUGCUACUGUAAGCCCAAGAGGGCUAACCAGCACUCUUGCAAGAUGUCAGAACUAUCCACCAUUACCCUGAGGCUGGCCCGCUCCACUCUGCUGCUUAUCCCCUUGUUUGGAAUUCACUACACUGUGUUUGCCUUUUCUCCUGAAAAUGUCAGUAAACGGGAGAGACUAGUGUUUGAACUGGGACUGGGCUCUUUCCAGGGCUUUGUCGUUGCUGUUCUCUAUUGUUUCUUGAAUGGGGAGGUGCAAUCAGAAAUAAAGAGAAAAUGGAGGAGCUGGAAAGUCAACCGGUAUUUUGCUGUGGAUUUCAAACAUCGCCAUCCCUCUCUGGCGAGCAGCGGAGUGAACGGGGGGACACAACUCUCCAUUCUGAGCAAGAGCAGCUCUCAGAUUCGGAUGUCCAGCAUAAAUGCAGAGAAUCUAGCGACAUGAGCAACUAAAUAACCCCUCCCCCCAAUAAAACCCAAGACACCCCGUUAAAAAAAAAAUCAUAAUUUUGGUGGUGUGGGUUUUCUUUUUUAAUGAUUAUUAUUAUGAUUUUUUAAAUGUAAGAUGUGUCCACAAGCAUGAAACAAAACAUCCCUGGCAUUUUGCAGAGAAGAAAAAAAGGAUAUUUUUUUAACAAUCAUUGUAAAUACACCACUAAGAUCCAUGCCAUUGACAAAAAAAAAUCAAUAAAACGCCAAGCCCACCCCCACACACCUAUUUUGAGCAUCUGCAAGUAAUCCAUUGUCAGCCAAGUGUAUCAAGUGAUUGCUGUGCAGUUGUGAACAUUGGUUGCCAAACUGAUAUAAAUCUCUCUGUGCAUGGACUUCAUUGUUGUUAUGUUUGGGGUCUGGGUUUGUUUGUUUUUCUAAUCCAAUGCAUCGUCGCUAUGCCUCAUUCCCAUCUUUCGUGUCUGAAUAUUCUCAGUCUCUUUGGAGUCUUAGGAUAUAGCUAUAGCGUUGGGGUUAAUAAUGCCAGCCAGUUCACCAAGGACUCCGGAAAUGGAUUUCAUGGCUGGAUUUGGUCAGAAGAACUCAGCGGACUUAGAACAUCUGCUGUGACUGUGAGACAGCAUACCUGUCACCAUUCCGGAGAGAGGAAUCCAUGCAGCAGAGAUGGGGGCUGCUAUUUUAGGUUCUAGCUAAGCUGUGAAUUUUCUAAGAGGGCCAUCCAUUUGAGAGAGAUCUAUAUUUUUGGGGUUGAUAGGUUGGAGUUUUGAGUAAUGUGAACAAAGAUUCCCCACCCCCACCUCCCCAGAGGCAAAGGUCAGUUCCAGGAGUCUCGCUUCCUCUGAAUUACACUGAAGCUCCUGCAUCGAUGUCUGAUCAUUGCACUGCGACUGGUAGUGGCAUGACAUGUGUGUGUGACCUCUGCGACCAGGCUGGCAUUGACAGUGUUACGCCUCAAGUUUGCCAGCACAAGAGACUCAACAGGGGUCCAACAUGGUGGUGCAGGAAGAUUAAUGUCCUCAGUGUCUGUGGAGCACCUAACGUGAACAGUCAGACACUACGGAAGAGAAUGAUAAAGACUUUGGAUCAUUGACCAUAUCUGGCAGUUUCUUCUGUCAUUGGAUCUUUUGUUUGUUCACCAACAGAUAUUAUUAAUGCCAAUGUCAGAGGGACAAAAGAAAAAGUCCUUUCCAACUUUGCCUUGCAGUAGAGCCACGACUGGAUACAUAUCUACUUCAGUCAAACAUCAAUGAUGUCAAUUAUUUCUUGAGAGGUUUUAUGUGGUGCAUAAAGGCUUUAAGGACUGUAUUUGCUCUUAUUUCUGUGUGGAUUUAUAUGUGAGUGUAUUAAAAAACAAAAUGACAUUUAAAUAUGAUGGUUUGGACUCAAACUAACAGCAACCAGGGAAUUCAAAAUUAUGGUUAGCUCUUUGUUCUUAAGUGAAAUGAAAAAGAAAGUGUGUGUGGGGGGGAAGAUAUAGACACAACAUUUUCCUGUCGGCAGAGAUUUUGAUUUCACUAGGUUUUGUUAGUUUAGUUCAAAACUUUAAUGUCAUUUUAAAUAUAGUUUUUUUAAAAAAAAUAGUUUCCUUGUUUUUAAAAGGAAAAAGUCAUGAAAAGUUACGAAAGAAGUAUUAAUUAUAAUACUUAACACUUAGUGCUUUAUGGGACGUAUUCUGCUCUUAGUUACAGCCGUGUAAAUCUAAAAUAAUCCCAGUAGAGUUAGGAGUCAAUCCUGCAAUACAUUGAAAUGGAUGGAUCACUUGAUGAUGACCUAUUCUGUUCAUUCCCUCUGAAGCACCUGGCAUUGACCACUGUCGGAAGACAGGAUACUGGGCUAGAUGGGUCUUUGGCCUGACCCGGUAUGGCCAUUUUUAUGGUCUUAUGAAAUAAAUGGGAGUGCUGCCUUGACUACAGUAGGUGCAGGAGCAGACAUUUAUUCCAGAUUCACACCACUAUAAGGGUGAAAUUCACUCCUGUACAGAAGACCAGUAAAAGGACUAUGUACAGCUUAAAUGUACUUUGAGGUCUUAAGUGGGAUUUAUAUGAUGUACAGGCUUUUUGCCAGUCCUCUGCAUGGGGUUGACCCUAACCGAGAGUAGAAUUUGGCCCCCUAUGUUCCAGACCUUGUGCAAAAAUUACGUAAGUACUUUUUAACUGAUAGAUUGGAAACUUUUCUCUCAUCAGAUGCUGUAAAUAGCUAUUUUAGCAAGUUUCCCAAUGAAUCAUGUUCUUAAUGGACCAGAAAGACACUGAAGAGGGAGAGGGGUAAAGUCAGAUCUAUCCGGUAAAUAUAUACUUAUAAUUUUUUAAACAAAACUAUCUAAUAUUAAAUGAACAGAUGAAAUUUAGUUUUGUAUUUUCUGUAGUAUGGACUUUCAUGAGGUUAAUACUGACAAUGCUGUAAGUGUAUUAUAAAACGAAAUAAUGGACAAAGCAUAUUUUGCAUGAAUGGUUACUAGCCAAUUUUCAGCCAUUGAUCACCAUAUUUAAAACUUGCCUCUGGUUGGAGGCCUUUUUUGUGCCACAUUUCAAUCCAGAGCAAGAGGUUUUUCUCUGGCAGUUCUAAAAUCCUCUCCUAGUUGAGUUGGUGGGUCUCAGUCCAGUUCCUCGUGGGCAAGUGUCCACAUCACAAAACCACCCUUGCAAUUGGCACACAUUGGAGGCUAGAUCCUCAGCUGGUGUAAAUCAGUGCAACACCAUUGGUGUCCAUGCAACUACGUCGGUUUACCUCAGCCGAGGAUCUGACAUGGGCACAUUAUUAUUUUUGAAAGGCUCAGCAAGAGAGGCCAGGGGCUGAAUGGUCCUGGAGACUGAAUUCACCUCUUGAUUCUUAGAGCCCAAACUCAGGAUUGAGGCAGGUUGGUGGGAUGUUGUGUUGGAAGCUUCCACACUAUAUGCUGUACUUGUUCAGUAGACCAGUAGUUCUCAACCUGCGGGCUGCUUGCGGCCCAAUCAGCACACAGCUGCUGCCCAUGUGACAUGCUCAGGGCCAUGCAGGUAGUGUAUAUACAUAUUGUGUGGAUGCAGCCCACAUAACACACAGAGAGCUUCAUAUGCGGCCUACAAUGGUAAAUAGGUUGAGAACCACUGCAGUAGACUGAGAGAGGACUUCAGUCUUUGAGAUUUUCCAUCCAGUAUCGUUCACCAGCAAUGAAUUUACUAGAAGUUGUAGCUCUCUAUAUACUUAAUAUAUUCUAUAAAGUACAGGCAAAUCCCUUCUAGUGGGAUUUUUUACUGGAAGUACUGACCACUCUUACAGUGGUGGCAUUCAUGUGGCCACUGUAUUGUUCAGUGUUACUCGAAAGAUCAUACUUCAGGUAUAUAUAGAGAAACCAGUAGUUACUAAACAAAGAUUCUAAUGCCAUUGCACAAAAUAUGCUCUUGGGUAUCUUUAUGUCGAAUGUAAAUUGAAGAUGCUAGAUGUGCGUGUCACCACUUCUGGUGACCAUCAUCACUAAGCGUCAAGAUAGAAGGAACCAAAAGGAAGAAUUGCUUCAAAGCAUGUGUAAAUAUCUAUUCACGUGUAACAGUGUUUGUUUUAUUUCUACUGUGAAAUAUAUUUUGGAGUUAGAAAGUACAUGUUAUUAAAACAAAAUGGAAUUUAAAAAAAUGUGUGCU